AUGUCAAGGAAAUUUGAUUUGAAGACUAUUGCUGAUCUUUCAGUGCUCGUUGGUACUGGUAUAUCGCUAUAUUAUUUGAUCAGUAGGCUAUUGAAUGAUGUGGAAACAGGACCUCUAUCAGGUAGAUCGAAAGAAUCUAAGAGUAGACAAUUAUCACAGUGGCAGAAACUUGUUGAUAAGAAGCCUGAACUAGCAAAAGUGGAUUUAAACUCGUAUGAGAAAAGCGUUUUGUCAUCAGUGAUAACUUCUGAUGAAUUGGACAUAUCAUUUGAAGAUAUUGGUGGACUUGAUCCCAUAAUUGCUGAUUUACAUGAGAGUGUUGUUUAUCCAUUAAUGAUGCCAGAAGUUUACCAGGGAAAUCCACUUUUACAGGCACCUAGUGGUGUUCUAUUGCAUGGUCCGCCUGGUUGUGGUAAGACAAUGCUUGCUAAGGCGCUGGCACAUGAAAGUGGAGCUAACUUCAUUUCAAUAAGGAUGUCACAAAUUAUGGACAAAUGGUAUGGUGAAUCUAAUAAAAUUGUCGAUGCAAUGUUUUCGUUAGCAAAUAAACUACAACCCUGUAUGAUUUUUAUUGAUGAGAUAGAUUCCUUCCUGAGGGAGCGUGCAGCUACAGACCAUGAAGUGACAGCUAUGCUCAAGGCGGAAUUUAUGACACUUUGGGACGGUUUAUUGGGUAAUGGUAGAGUUAUGAUUGUGGGGGCCACCAAUAGAAUUGGUGACAUAGACGGUGCAUUUUUAAGAAGGUUACCAAAGAGGUUCUACAUUUCAGCACCUAAUAAAGAACAGCGUUUAAGAAUUUUGAAAGUUUUAUUAAAGGAUACUAAAGUGGACGAGGAGAACUUUGACAUUGAUGUCAUUGCAGCAGGUACAAGUGGUCUUUCAGGGUCAGAUCUGAAAGAAUUGUGCAGAGAAGCAGCUUUAAGCGCUGCUAGGGAGUAUAUAAGAUUGAAAAGAGAAUUUAUGGUUAAUUUCAAAUCAAAUGAACUACCAGACGAUGUCUCCAUAGAGAUGCGACCAUUGAGGACUUCAGAUUUUGCGCCGCACUUAAAGUUGGAUGCUCAACAACCCAUUCAGGCAAUGGCAUUGGAUUAA